CGGGCUAACGGUUCCACCACGUCAGCCGCUCUGGACGCCCGCGGCCUGCCCCAGGCAGCCUGGCCCCUCCCUGCCUGUCCUGCGCCGGUGAUUAGCUGGUGCUCCCACAGCUGAGCGUCCCUGGGAGCCCGCGCACCCUCUCUGGGCUCCACCGGGGCUGAGAGCUGGGGUCGUGGCAGCGAGGGUAGAGAGGUCGCCCCUAGAGAUACACUUUGAGUGGAUUCUGGCCAUUUGAGCAUUCUCUCCAACUCUCCGACCCCCAGUCUGCCCCCACGGGGGUCCCCCCACCACUCCCCCAUCCUACAGCCUAAACCCCUCUUCGCCCUGAACCUCCCUUUUCCUCAUGUGGUGAAUGGGCACUGGCCCCGCUCAGACUCCCAGGAGCACCAGAGCUGGCCCUGAGCCAAGUCCUGCCCCACCAGGACCUGGGGACACAGGUGACUCAGACUUGACUCAGGAAGGCUCAGGUCCUGCUGGCAUCCGCGGAGGUGGUGAGAAGGUGAUCAGAGCUGGGAUGGGGCACUCCCCAGGCAGAGGGGCACCCCAGAGGAGGCACAGGGCCCAGCCUGGUGGGGCUGGGAAGUAUGAACGGAGACCAGAAGGGUGAGGACGGGCGCCCCGGGCCGCCGGAACCCAGGAGCAGGGGCUUGGUGAGGAGGGCACUGCUAGAGAGUGGGCAGGUGGGGGGCCAAUUGCUAGCGUCUGGGGUGGUUUGCCCGUUCCUCACGGGGGGCCAAACCAGGGCCCCCAGUGCAGAGCUAGAGCCAGACCCACAUUCCUAAACCUGCUAGUGGAGAAGAUUCCAGGAUCUUCUGACCAUGUGCUGUCUGCCUCCAUCGCCCCCAUCAGAGUUAUGCGCCCAGCCGGGGGGGUUAGGAGGGGGGAUGGCCAUGCCUGACCCUCAUGCUGUGUUUUGAGAUAUAACAUAUAGCCCGGGGAUCCCAUCCAGUCAGUCAACAGACGACUGAGCCUCUAAGCUGGUGCCGCGUGGGGAGAGGGGCAGGAGGCCGUCAGCGAAACCAGGAGGAGCCCCACCAGCAUGGGCAGCCUGGCCCAGAGAGAUCUCCAAGAUGAUGAGGACAAGAACUCAGCAUUCACCUGGGAGGUCCAGGCCAACAACCGCGCCUACAACGUGCAGUUCAAGGAGAAGGUGUUCCUGUGCUGGCAGAAGAAGAAAUACAAGACCAACGUCAUCCGCACGGCCAAGUACAACUUCUUCUCGUUCCUGCCGCUGAACCUGUACGAGCAGCUCCACCGGGUGUCCAACCUGUACUUCCUCCUCAUCAUCAUCCUGCAGAGCAUUCCCGACAUCUCCACGCUGCCCUGGUUCUCGCUCGGCGCCCCCAUGGUCUGCCUCGUCUUCAUCCGUGCCACCCGGGACCUGGUGGACGACAUCGGGAGACACAAGAGUGACAGAACCAUCAACAACAGACCCUGCCAGAUUCUAAUGGGGAAGAGCUUCAAGCGGAAGAAAUGGCAGAAUCUGUGCGUGGGGGAUGUGGUCUGUCUCCACAAGGACAACAUUGUCCCGGCUGACAUGCUCUUGCUGGCCAGCACGGAGCCCAGCAGCCUGUGCUACGUGGAGACGGUGGACAUUGACGGGGAGACCAAUUUGAAGUUCAGACAGGCCCUGAUGGUCACCCACAAAGAACUGACCUCUGUAAAGAAGAUGGCAUCCUUUCAAGGCACAGUGACAUGUGAGGCGCCCAACAGCCGGUUGCACCACUUUGUGGGGUGCCUGGAAUGGAAUGACAAGAAAUACUCCCUGGACAUUGGCAACCUCCUCCUCCGAGGCUGCAGGAUUCGCAACACAGACACCUGCUAUGGAAUGGUCAUUUAUGCUGGUUUUGACACAAAAAUUAUGAAGAACUGUGGCAAGAUCCAUUUGAAGAGAACCAAGCUAGACCUCCUGAUGAACAAGCUGGUGGUUGUGAUCUUCAUCUCCGUGGUGCUCAUCUGCCUGGUGUUGGCCUUCAGCUUCGGUUUCUCCGUCAAAGAAUUCAAAGGCCAGCACUACUACCUCUCAGGGCUGCACGAGAGCAGUGUGGCCGCAGAGGCCUUCUUCAUCUUCUGGGGCUUCCUCAUCCUGCUCAGCGUCACCAUCCCGAUGUCCAUGUUCAUCCUGUCUGAGUUCAUCUACCUGGGGAACAGCGUCUUCAUCAACUGGGACGUGCAGAUGUACUACCAGCCGCAGGACGUGCCCGCCAAGGCCCGCAGCACCAGCCUCAACGACCACCUGGGCCAGGUGGAAUACAUCUUCUCGGACAAGACGGGCACGCUCACGCAGAACAUCCUGACCUUCAACAAGUGCUGCAUCAACGGCCGCAUCUACGGGCCAGAUUCGGAGGCCAGGACCCGACCCAAGGAGAACCCCUACCUCUGGAACAAGUUCGCCGACGGGAAGCUGCUUUUCCACAACGCGGCCCUGCUGAACCUCGUGCGGAGCAACAGGGACGCGGCGGUGCGCGAGUUCUGGCGCCUGCUGGCCAUCUGCCACACUGUGAUGGUGCGGGAGAGCCGCCACCAGCUGUUGUACCAGGCGGCCUCCCCCGACGAGGGGGCGCUGGUCACCGCGGCCCGGAACUUCGGCUACGUGUUCCUGUCCCGCACCCAGGACACCAUCACCAUCGUGGAGCUGGGGGAGGAGCGGGUCUACCAGGUCCUGGCCAUAAUGGACUUCAACAGCAUGCGCAAACGGAUGUCGGUGCUGGUCCGAAAGCCAGAGGGCACCAUCUGCCUGUACACCAAGGGCGCUGACACGGUCAUCUUCCAACGCUUGCACAGGAGAGGGGCAACGGAAUUUGCCACAGAGGCGGCCUUGGCUGCCUUUGCCCAGGAGACCCUGCGGACACUGUGCCUGGCCUACAGGGAGGUGGCUGAGGACAUUUACGAGGACUGGCGGCAGCGCCACCAGGAGGCCAGCCUCCUGCUGCAGAACCGGGCGCAGGCCCUGCAACAGGUGUACAACGAGUUGGAGCAGAACCUCAAGCUGCUGGGAGCCACAGCCAUCGAGGACAGACUUCAGGACGGCGUUCCUGAAACCAUCAAAUGUCUCAAGAAGAGCAACAUCAAAAUAUGGGUGCUCACUGGGGACAAGCAGGAGACCGCUGUUAACGUGGGCUUCGCCUGCGAGCUGCUGUCAGAGAAUAUGCUCAUUCUGGAGGAGAAGGAGAUUACCCGCAUCCUGGAGACCUACUGGGAAAGCAAUAACGACUUUCUAACCAAGAAGUCCCUGUCGCAGGUCAAGUUGGCCUUGGUCAUUAACGGAGACUUCCUGGACAAGCUGCUGGUGUCCCUGCGGAAGGAGCCGCGCGCCCUGGUGCAGAACGUGAACAUGGACGAGGCGUGGCAGGAGCCCGGCCAGUCCAGGAGGGAUUUCCUCUACGCCAGGCGCCUGUCCCUGCUGUGCCGGAGGUUCGGGCUCCCACUGGCCGCGCCGCCGGCCGAGGAUUCGGCCGAGGAUUCCGGAGCUCGCCGUCGGUCCGAGGUGCUGCAGGAGCGCGCCUUCGUGGACCUGGCGUCCAACUGCCAGGCGGUCAUCUGCUGCCGCGUGACGCCCAAGCAGAAGGCCCUGAUCGUGGCCCUGGUCAAGAAGUACCACCAGGUGGUGACCCUGGCCAUCGGGGACGGCGCCAACGACGUCAACAUGAUUAAGACCGCGGACGUGGGCGUGGGGCUGGCCGGCCAGGAGGGCAUGCAGGCUGUUCAGAACAGCGACUUCGUGCUGGGCCAGUUCUGCUUCCUGCAGCGCCUCCUGCUGGUGCACGGCCGCUGGUCCUACGUGCGGAUCUGCAAGUUCCUGCGCUACUUCUUCUAUAAGACCAUGGCCAGCAUGAUGGUGCAAGUCUGGUUCGCCUGCUACAAUGGCUUCACUGCCCAGCCCCUGUAUGAAGGAUGGUUCCUGGCUCUUUUUAACCUCCUGUACAGCACCCUGCCAGUUCUCUACAUUGGGCUCUUUGAGCAGGACGUGAGCGCGGAGCAGAGUCUGGAGCAGCCGGAGCUGUACUUGGCGGGGCAGAAGGACGAGCUCUUCAACUACUGGGUCUUCGUCCAAGCCGUCGCCCACGGCGUGGCCACCUCUCUGGUCAACUUCUUCAUGACGCUGUGGAUCAGCCGCGACACGGCGGGACCUGCCAGCUUCAGCGACCACCAGUCCUUUGCGGUCGUGGUGGCCUUGUCCGGCCUGCUGUCCAUCACCGUGGAGGUCAUUGUUAUCAUCAAGUACUGGACUGUCCUGUGCGUGGUGACCAUCGUUCUCAGCCUGGGUUUCUACACCAUCAUGACCACCAUCACCCAGAGCUUGUGGCUCUUCAGAGUAUCCCCCAAGACCUUCCCGUUUCUGUACGCUGACCGCAGUGUGCUGUCCUCCCCCUCCGUCCUGCUGGUGGUCCUGCUGAGCGUGUCCGUAAACACCUUCCCUGUCCUGGCCCUCCGGGUCAUCUUCCCAGCCCUCAAGAAGCUGCUCGCCAAGGAGGAGAAGGUGGAGGAGGGCCCGAGCGAGGAGAUUUUGGCCGUGGAGCCCUUGCCUCAUUUAUACCGCGAGUCUCGCGCCCGGCGUUCCAGCUAUGCCUUCUCCCACCGUGAGGGCUACGCAGACCUCAUCACUCAGGGCACAAUUCUGCGGAGGGGACCAGGGGUCAGCAGUGACAUAGCAUCUGAAUCCAUAGACCCAUCUGAUGAAGAGGCGUUUUCAAGCCCAAAGGAGUCGCACUGGCAUCUCAGGAAGAUGUCCUUCCUGGGGAGGAAGAAGCGCCAGUCACAGGGGCAGAUGUCCUCCCUGGAAGCACAGCACUUCCCUACAGCUAGCUCCUCAUUUUCUAUGGAUAGACAAUCCGCUCUUUAUUCAGAAAACCAGCUUGCCCUCCCCAGAUACGUGCUUACCGGCACCAACAGGCUAUCUGGGUCUUUCCAGGAGCAAUUGCCAAGGGUACAGGAGAGGCCACUGUCACCCAAGCAGAGGCCAUCUUCUCCUGAGAAGUUGCUGUUGACCAAGGAGAGGUCAUAUUCUCAUCAGGAGAAACCGCCGUUGCACAGAGAAAGCCAGCUGUCAUCUUCUGAGAGCCAGCCACAGCCUCUGGGGAGCCAGUCAUUGCUUUCAGGCCAGCUGACAUUGGAGAGCCACCCAGACUCCUCAGAGGAGAAGUCAGCAUUUUUGAAGCCCUCCACACCGUUAUGGAAGAGCUGGCAAAAGGAGCCCCUCACCCCCAAGGAGGGGACGGUGCCACUUCCAGACAAGACCCACGAAUCUCAGGUGGAGACUCUGCCACCAAGUCUGGCGGAAUCGUCCACGUCCACGAGCGAGCAGCCUAUGGAGGUGGAGCCCUGGCCUGUGGAGAAGCAGUCAUCAUCAUCCAUGGAGUGGCUGCUGGUGCCCGGGGAGGAGCAGCCAUCCUUGCCCCCAGAGGAGCAGUCAUUGCCCUCUGCGGAGGGGACCAGGGGUCAGCAGUGACAUAGCAUCUGAAUCCCUAGACCCAUCUGAUGAAGAGAUGUCUUCGAGCCCAAAGGAGUCACGCUGGCAUCUCAGGAAGAUGUCCUUCCUGGGGAGGACGAAGCGCCAGCCAGUUCUGCUGCAAGUCAACCAGCAUGCAGGGGGCCUCCCUCUAAAGACAGGGGCUCCACAUGCUUUUCUUUUUCUAAUAAACCAGGGACCAUCUGACCCCAGCGCUAA